AUGCCCGAGGAGCAGUCGCGCCCGCUGAGCCCGUUCAAGACCUACCGCGAGUUCGUCGCGACGCAGCGCGACGACGCGGACCCGCAGACCUUCAGCCGGCGCUACCAGGACUACCGCGGGACCUUCGCCAAGGAGCUCGUGCGCCGCUUCUUCGAGCGCAACGCGGACUUCGAGUGGUUCCGCGAGCGCUACGACCCCGCGCGCAUCGAGGCGCGGUGCGAGGCGCAGCGCGCGCGCGCGGCCGCCGAGGCCGCGGCGUUCCGGGAGAACAUCGGCGACGCCGAGGGCUUCGUCGCGGGCUGCUCCCUCGACCCGGCGGAGGAGCCCGCGGCGGCGGAGGCGCCCGCGGAGGGCGCGGACGCGGCCGUCGCGUUCGAGGCGAGCCGCCAGUGCGUGCCCGGCCACGCGGCGGCGCGCGUCGUGCUGCUGCCCGGCUGCCCGCCCGUCGCGGGCGCCAAAGCGCUCGGCGCGGCCGUCGCGCUGGCCGUCGAGGACGCGCGGGGCCAACGCGACGACGCGCCCGCGGUCGCGCCCCCGAGGGUGCUCCUCGACGACGCCGCGCCCCGGCGCAAGGACGGCUUCGACGUCGACGCCUGGCUCCUCUUCGACGACGCGGACGCCGCGCGCGACGCGGAGAAAGCCCUCGGCGACGGCCGCCUCGACGUCGCGGUGCCGCCGGCGCUCGCGGCGUCGCCGCCGCCCUGGGACCCGACGGCGUGCCGCCCGUGCGGCGACCGCCGGCGGAGCCGCGACGACGGCGACGCCGGGCCCGACGACGGCGACGACGGCGCCGCCCUCGACGCGGCGCGGGGCCGCCUCGCCAAGGCGCUGGGCCGCGAGCUCCUCGAGCGCGACUCGUUCCGCGCGCGCGCCAAGCGCGCGCUGCUGUCCGCGUCCGUGGGCGCCGUCGACGAGUUCGGCCGCGGCGCGCGGCCCCGCCGGGGCCCGCGGCCCUACGACCGCGCGGGCGCGGCCCUGGGCUCGCGCGACCGCCUCGCGCGCGACUGCGCGCAGGCGCUCGCGGCCGCGGCGGCCUACGACGACGCCGCGGACGUGCCCGGGGGCGACCGCCUCGCGGCGCUCGUCGCCGGCGACACUGCAUUGGGCGCGGCGCUCCGGGCCGACAACGGCGCGUGCUUGGACGUCGCGGCCGCGUACCUCCGCCGCGUGCACCUCGUGCUCUACUACGGCGCGACGCGCUGCAAGGACGAGAUCGACCUCCUGACGCGCGACGUCGCCUGGCUCACGCGGCCCGCGCGCGCCGACGCACCGGGGUCGCCGGACGAGGAGGCCGAGAAACUCGCGGCCGCGACGGCGGACCUCGCGGCGCGCCUCGAGGCCAAGGCGCGCCGCGCGGCGCCGAAGGCGCCCCGCGAAGACGACGACGGCGGCUCGUCGCGGAAGAAGCGCCUGCGCGGCGACGACGACGACGACGCCGACGACGACGGCGACGAGCCGACGGACGAGGCCGCGAAGGCCGCGGACCCGCCGAAGGACGAACCGGCGGCCGACGACGGCGGCGCGGCGGACCCGCCCAAGGAGGCCGACGGCGCCAAGGACUGGGGCAAGGUGCUCGCCGACAUGGACGACGCGCUGUGCCGCCUCAUCGCGGCCGCGCGCCGCGAGGCGGCCGACGACGGCGCGGACGACGGGUCCGGCGUCUGCCCCGGCCGGGCCUACCACCCGCGGGGCGCGGCCGCGCGGCUCUUCGCCGCGGAGAACGCGGCCGUGGACAAGGCCACGGAGGCCUUCUACGCGGAGACGGGCGCGGCCGAGGACAACGGCCGCGCGCGCUGCGGCUUCGAGUGGUGCCGCAAGCUCUUCAAGUCCCAGGACUUUCUGCGCAAGCACGGCGCGAACCGCCACGGCGACUACCUCGAGCAGUUCGUCACGGCGGCCCGGCGGCCCUUCAUGUGGGCCGUCUACGAGCUCGACGGCCAGAAGCCGCUGCCGCCGAUCCGCACGGACGCGGGCGCCGAGGUCGAGCCCCUCGAGCUCCUCGGCGGCAAGGCCGACCGGAAGCGGGGCCGCGACCGCGACCGCCGCGACCGCCGCGACGACCGCCGCGACGACCGCCGCGGCCGCGCGGACUCGUACGGCGACCGGCGGAAGCCGUUCUCGCCCCGCGACCGCCGCGACGACCGCAGGCCCGAGCCGCGCCGCGACCGCUCCGCGGGGCCGCCCAAGGCGCCGCCGGGCGCGCCCAAGAGCAGCGACCCGCGCAAGCCCCCGUCCUACAACGACGUCGACGCGCCGAAGCGCGCGGUGCUCUCCCUCGACUACGGCGUCCUCCUCCCGCCGCCCGCGAAGAAGAAGAAGAACAAGUAG